AGCGUCGCCUGUGAAUGGCAGACUUGAAAGAAGAAGAAAAUGGCGGCAAAAUUUUGUUAGAUUCUUUUGUUGUGGUUGAGUUUUGUUUGUCCCCUGCAAAUUCCAAUAAACUGGUCCAUGGCAUCCCUAUUUGGCGACGAUGGUGUGGAUGACCUCUUCAAUGACAAUCUGCCCACGGACACGGAUCAGUUGCCCAGCGAUGGGGAGGGCGAAAAGCUUUUUGCCGACGAUGAGGAAAAUGCCGGAGAACCUGGUAGCCAGGAUGCCCAGAAAGUGGAGCCCAAGAAACGAGCGGUGAGGAAUCCCCGACCCCGACUUACGGUGGAGACACUUCGCGGUCCACGUGGAAUCCAGACCAUCGAAGAUUACUUCAAGGACAUAAAGUUCAAGGGCAAGGGGUAUGAGAAAACCGAUCUCGACGAAGUGAUGCGCCGCCUGCAGCACUGGGGUCAUCGAAUGUAUCCCACAUACACCUUCGACGAUGUGCUUAACAACAUAGAGCGGCUGGGCAAGAAGAAGCCAUUGCAGGUGCACAUGACGCGUUAUCGUCUCGGUCAGCUGGAGGAUAUGCGUGCCCACGAGGCUGAGGCCAUGGAUGAGGGACAGGAUGAUCAGCAGGAAGGGGCCGGCGAUGAGCCCUUCGAUGAGUUUGAUGCCCUGCUGGGCGAACAGAUAGCCAUGUCCAGACUGGCGCCACGCACCCCGCACCAGAGGAAAAUGUCCACUGCCUCGAGCAACAGUACGAUUGCCACUCCCUCAUUCUCUCGAGGCAAUGCAGUAAUGUCCACGCCAUACUCUGCGGUUGAUGCUCCAACCUUCGACCGGAAUGGAGCACCGGUGGCACCAACGUUCGAUCGCAAUGGGGCUCCAUUGGCUUCGCUGGACAUCAGUGACUAUGGCCAGCCGCUGCCUCCUUCACAGCCUCCGACGCCAGCGGCCAAAAAAUUGUCCAACGAGCAGAUGGCCAGGAUUGCCGAGAACCGGAGAUUGGCUCAAGAGCGACUGAAGGCCAAGAAGCUUCAGGAGGCUCAGAAUUCUAGUUAAUGCAAGGCAACGUGCGCACCGAAUAAAUAUUUGUAAUAUAAGAAUGUUUUUUUUGAUAAGAAUUAUCUUUUAAAAUAAAUAUAUUUAAUAAGCGAAUGUGGAAAUUUAAACGAUUUGCAUUUCUUUUUGAUAAAACACCACAUUUCUAUAAAUCCCUGU